GAUUUUACUGAAUCCAAAGAUCCACGAACAUAAUCAUUACAUCAAUUUUGCAGCAAGGGUGACUGAGCGCAGAAGGGAAGCCGCGGUAAAUCAAGUGAUCCGAAAUUGCCGUCAUGCUCGCUCUGCUGUUGUUCACGGUCCUGGCUAUAACGUGCUCAUGUUUCGGACAACUGAGUGUAGACGUGCCAUCACCUGACCAAUACAAUAUUUUGCUGAAUGGCAAGCCACUCCUGUUAGGUUCAGGUGUGGCCGUGUUCCACGAGCAGCAAUGGUUUGCAAGUGACGCCACCAAUGAGACAAGCCACAAUGAUUCAGUGGAUGAAUCGCCAGCCAAGAAGCUGGUCUUGGUGAAGAAAGAGCAAAAGAGCGGAGUGGACGUGAUCGGUAGCUAUUCUUCCUGGGAUAGUACAUGGCAGGCUGACGAUGUUACCAUCGUGACAGUCAUCAAGACCUACCCUAGUCUUGAAAAUGUCGUAGCUUUCUCCUACAACAUCAGUAACUCUUCACUGACGCCGGGAACUAACAGUGGCGAUGCCAAUAACGUUAUCACCAACUUCCCUGCACUGAGCAAGGCCAACGGUUCAUUCUUCGACAACUCGACCUUCCUAGGAUGGAGUGGUAUGAUGGUACGUGCUGUUAUGGGAUACCCUGCCUAUGGAAAGAUAUCUGGCCCUCACGUGUAUGUCGAUGGAGAAGCUCCCGUGAACUCAGCCGACGUUGUCAUUCUGUCCUAUUUCGAUCACUUUAUGAGCUCCAGUCAGACGAAUCAGCGGUACAACGGCGAGAAGGUCGACUGGAUACCGGGCAUCAGUCAGUCAGUCAAGAGCUUGCCGGCCGGAUUCAGUCACACGUUUGUUGUGUUCCAUGGCACCAGAGGACUGACACAGACAAUGCACGACUAUGGGCAGUUCAUGCAGUCCACGCAUUCGCCAACUGGUAAACUUGAACGACACCAGGACAUUACCCUAGACUUUCUGGGCUAUCAGACCGACAAUGGUGCCAUGUAUUGCUUCUGUUACGAAGGCUCUGGCUGUGUCAAGACACUGCUGGACCUCAAGGCAUAUUUGGACAGCAUCGAGGUACCUCUCGGCUACCUAUCCCAUCAGGGCGAGUGGUGGAAAAGUAGCUUCUCGUCGCCGUGGUGCGUCACGGACUGGACACCGAACGCGGCGUACGCCGGCAUGUCGGUCGCGGACUUCCGGCAGAAGUUCGGCACGCCUCUGCAGCUGUACGCGCCGUUCUUCUGCAAUGACACCGUGUACGCGCGUGACAAUGGUGGUAACUUCAGCAUGAUCAACAGUAGCAGCGCACUGCCACGCUGUGGAAACUAUCAUUUUAGGCUCGUUGCACCGAAUAGCUCCGCCGAAUUUUACAAUGAAUUCUUCAAGUUGGGCAAGAGCAUGGGCAUGGAGUCGUUUGAGAUCGACUUCAUGAACCAGAAUUAUAUCUGCGUUCCGGAUCUGAUUGAAUCCGUCGCAGCCGUGGAGAUGUGGAUGGAUGGCCUGCACCAAGCAGCUCUGCAGCAGCAAAUCCCGAUGCAAUGGUGCAUGACGACGCCAACGCACGCACUCGCCUCUCUCUACUACCCAACCGUGACGAACUUCAGAGCAAGCGUGGAUUACAAGGGUGGCACGAGUUAUCACAUUGGCCUGAGCUCCAUACUGAUCUGGGCGGUGGGUGCAGCGCCGUCCAAGGAUACGUUCUGGACAACGGACAACAUGCCGCUGGCUACGCAGACCGGUGGUUGCUCCACGUCGGGAUGUCCCGUCGAUCACUCAAAUGCAUCCCUGGAGCUGCACACAAUCCUCGCUGUACUGUCGACAGGCCCGGUCGGCUUCAGCGAUGCAGUAGGCAUGACGAACCGGUCAUUGCUCAUGCGAACGUGCCAAGAGAAUGGCCGCCUGUUGCAGCCAGCAAAGGCGGUCACUUCUAUUGACGCCAUCAUGAGCAAGACGAGACAGUUCCAUGGCAAUAUAUACAGUACGUAUUGUGGCAAUGAGAGCCGGGCAUUGGCAUACCUCGUCGUCUCGUUCAGCAUGAGGAACAGCUGGAAUCUGACAACUGCGGACCUGUGGUCUCCAUCGGGUAUUGUAUUACCGGCUGCACGGCAAGCAUCAAGUAAUUUGCUGGUAUAUCGGCUGCGCUGGAACGACCCUCCAUGCCUCGACGGCAAGCAGGCCUCUGAAUGCGUGAAAUCAGUAAGCAUGCGUGGCAUCUCCGAGAAUGAUGUACUGUGCACGAUCCCGGCGAUCCCAGGUCCGGACAUCGUACCGUGCCUGACCACGGUGUGGCCGAUCGUGUGCGCGAACGGAUGGCUCCUGCUCGGCGAGCUGACCAAAUACGUACCCCUGGCAGCGAGCCGGUUCCCGGCCAUGUACAGUUGUACAGCAGACGGCUUGGUGGCCACUGUACUGGGUAGUGCGAAGGAGGUUGUUAGCGUGACCGCGCUUGGGCCGCAGAACGGAGUGGCGGCGAGCAUUGUCUACGUGAAACAUAUAACUAUUGGCGCAGCUGCAUCCGCUACCAUUCACUUCCCUUAAUCCAGGACUUUCUAAAUGGCAUAGUGCUGCUUCCCACGCCAUCCGCUUGCGAUAGCAACGGAAACAAAACCAACCCUCUUGAGCAGGAGGAAGCGAGCCUUCCAUACAACAGGAGGUAUCCAGCUUGAAGAUUUCAUUCACGAUGCUUGCAACACACACUCCCAAGCAUACAGACCAUGGGUGAGAGUCAGCGACGACUUUUGCAGCCAGAUAAUUAACAUUGAUUUUCCAGCCAUGCCCAGAAUGGGUUUGGGGUAUACAAUUUUCUACACUCUCCUCCUCAACACUACUUAGAAGACUGAUUGUGGUUGGAAAAGGAUGAUACAACACUGCCACACAAAUUUUCGAAUAACCGAACGUUACUUCUCACAUUCGAAUACUAGUAUUCUUUCUGCUGUCUUGUUGGUAUUCUAGAAUAAUCCGAAAAUUCGCAUAUUCCUCGCAUCACUAAUUCUCAGCUUUCAGCAACCCUGGGUGAGUUGUUUUUAAUUUGUGUAUGAAGCAUUGUGGCUCGUUUCCAUUUUGCAUCACCUUUUCCCACGUAUUCCAGGAUAUCAUUAUCAGAAUGGUCUUGGAGCCGCGUGUGAAUGGCCAGAAUGGUGAGAAAUCCUGAA